AUGGUACUUCAACAACGAACUGCACCUAAAACAAAAGUACAACCAAAAUAUCAAGAGCUGAUUUAUACUGAACAGCAUCAAAAUUUAUCUCCUCAACCGUCAUUACCACCUAUAUAUCAAUCAGAAGUAAUUCAAGGUUUAUUACAAUAUAAAAUACCAAUUGAAUCAACAACUACAACAGUUCCAAUAGAAAAUUCACAACAAAACACAUUGAAAUAUUUGCAUAUCGAUCAACUAAGUAACAUUACUUAUUCUGCACAGGUUAUAAAUGUACCUGCAAUUGGUCGUGAAAUAAAAGAAGUUCAAUAUUCGUCUCAACGGACUACUCCUGAUCUUUCUUAUACCAAUGAACAACCAGCCGUAAGAAUUACAUAUACACACGAAAAUACUCCAUAUCAACCACCAGUGUCGAAAUUAUACGAUUGGAAUCAGACUAACCCACAGUUACCUGGCUUCUCAAAAACAACAGGCACCGUUGAGCAUACAAUGGAAGCAAAUUCAACUCACGUACCUAUAUUAAAUCAAUCGAAUACUAUUGAAAAUCUAUCACAACAGCAAUCUACAUUCUACGAAGAAAAUCGACCAAGUUUUCAUGAAACUAUUGCUAAUGAACUAUCGUUACCUAUUUCAAUAACCGAAGAAAUUCAUCAGCAACAAUAA